AUGGCGAGGGCGAUGGCGAUGGCGAUGGCGAUGGCGAUGGCGAUGGCGAUGGCGAUGGCGGAAGCAGGAGACGUGAAGAUGGUCCAGGGCUCAUCGUUCUUCGACGAAGAAGACGAGAAACUGGGGGAAGAGUUCUUUCGGGAAGAAGAGAUCAGUAGGGAGAGAGUUCUGCGGAUGACAGUAGCAGAGCUGAAGGAGCAGCUGAAGGACAGGGGAUUCAAGGUUGGAGGAGUGAAAGCGGAGCUUCAAGAUCGUCUGCUGGAGGCUCUCGGGUUGGUAGAAAGCGGCUCCCCUCGUCCAGCACCGUCACAGAAGGGCGCGAAGAGGGAGGAGGACUUUCGGACCUACGACUUGAGCUUCAACGCUCCCCCCCUAGCUGAGGUGGAGAUGGGAGAAAACUCCAAGGUCUACCUGCGUGGACUGCCUUACAGUGCUCGACCAGCUGACGUUGUUGACUUGAUGGAAAGCUUCGGCAAAGUAGUCAAAGUGCAGGGAAUGUUUCAGCAGGUCGAGCGUCAGGUAGAGCUUUGA